UAGCUGCUUGCAUUUGUUGUGCAUAAGACGGAAAACUAACUGAAUCACAGAGUGAUUCUUGUUACUAAACAUUAUUCAUUUGUAAUUUUUCCAAUAUGAUUUGAAAACCUUAUGGCCGAGGAUACAAAAAGUGUUGUUAAAGAGUUUGUUUAUUGCCUUUUAAUUAGAGGCGGAGAUAUGGCACCAACGCUUUAUUAUUUACCACCCAGUCCGCCCUGUCGUAGCAUUCUGCUAUUGGCAAAAUUGCUCGAUUUAGAACUGGAUUUAAAAGUGAUUAAUAUACUCGAAGGCGAACAAAUGAAACCCGAAUUUGUGGAACUAAACCCUCAACACUGUGUGCCGACUAUGAAUGAUGACGGCCUAGUUUUGUGGGAAAGUCGGGCUAUCUUGGCAUACAUGGCGGCUGCCUUUGGCAAAGACGAUAGCUUAUAUCCCAAAGAUAUACGCAUUAGAGCUUUGGUGGACCAACGCUUAAUGUUCGAUUUGGGUACUUUGUACCAAAGAAUGGCGGAAUACUACUUUCCUACGAUGUUCAUGGGCGCGCCUUUCGACGAAUCCAAAAAAGCCAAAUUAAGUGAAGCUCUCGGUUGGUUCGAUGCCAUUCUAAAGGGUCGCAAUUAUGCAGCAGCUGACCAAUUUACUAUAGCUGACUUAACUUUGUUAGUAACAUUGUCGCAAAUUGAUGCCUUUGGCUUUGAUCUGCUUCCUUAUGCGCGUAUUAAACAAUGGUAUAGACGCUGCAAAAACUAUGUGGAACCUUAUGAUUAUGAAGAUAUCAAUGGCAGUCAGGCUCUCGUUCUAGCUCAAAUGUUACGAUCAAAAAUAGAAGGUUAACGAGUUUAUGUGUAAAAAUCUAAGGCGUGCAUGUUGUUCUCUUGUCAAAUGUUU